AUGGCCAGGGUCCAGAAGGCUGUGCUAGCCCUUCCUUGGAGAGAAGAUAGGCGUCUCACCUUAACAGGGGUCCAGGCCACCGAUGGGCCCAUCCUCUUGCCCAGCCUGCACCAGGGGCUCCUGUGCCCCACGCGGCGCCUGUGCAGCCCCACCCCUGCUCCAGCUCCCAAGUCAUCAAAGAAGCCCAAGAUGCAGGCAACCGAGGACAUGUUCCCCAGCGACUGGAGCCCGCCGCCCGUGGAAUUCCUGAACCUGAGGGCCGCGAAGGCCAACCGGGGGGCCCUGGCCCGGAGGCAGGCAGGUGUGCUGGGGCCUCCGGGGCUGAGGACACUGGCCCGCCAGCUGCCCAAGGAGGCAGAGCAGGAUCCUCAGGACUCGGACCCAGAGGGGGACCCGUCCUCACUGGGGGAGCUGUUCUGGAACGUGGCAUGCACCAGCCCAAAGGCUGCAGCCCCGGGGAUGAACACCCGCACCUCGUUCCCCUCUGGGGGCACAGAGUGCUAUGUCAACAGCUUAGAUUACUUACUGUGGGAGAAGAGGGAACAGGCCCUGGAGCAGGAGCAAGAGGAGCUGCUUCUGCGGGACUGUCCUGACCUCAAUUCCCUGGAUCUCAGUGAUGAUGAGGCGCCUCUCACGCCCGAGUACAGGAAGCUGGUGGAGAGGUUCUCCACGUCACUGCAGGUCAUCCCGCCGGUACAUCCCGGCGAGGCUGUGUUUCUGCCCAGGAAUCAGCCCCUGCCUUGCAUCCUGGACUGUUCGCACCUGAAGCCACGCAGCCAUCUGGAAGAGCUGUUCCUCAGCUCCCCGCUGGCCCAGCAGCUCUCCUUCCUGCGCAGCGGCAUCCUGAGCAGCCUCUACCUGCACGCCGGCGAGUGCCCGGUGCCCCUGCUCCGGUGGCUGUUCCAGACAUGGGCUGACGUUUGCUACAUGCUAAGCUCUAGGGAUAGAAGGACUUUGGAAGUGGUGUCCCAGGUGAAUGCGCAGAACGUGGCCAUGGUGCUCGGCGUACUUCAGACCGCCAGUGUCAGUGAGGCCUCUGGUUCCAAGAGGCGGAAAUCCACGGGGGCUCCCUGA